AUGUUAACUUUGGAGGAGGAAGCGCUUUUGGAGGGAGAGAAGAAUUUCAGUGCAGAAUUGUCAGACCUGGAGAGGGAGGGGAAUAUGCCGAUCGAGGAGUUGUUGGCUAUGUAUCGUUAUGAGGCACCAGUCAGUACAGGGGCGGGAUCUAGCAUGGACAGUUCCUCUGUUGAACUAGCUGAUGAUCUGCCUGACAUGACCCUGGAUAAGGAGGAGAUAGCGAAAGAUCUCUUGUCAGGAGAUUAUGAGGAGGAGACCCAGUCCUCUGCUGAUGACCUGACCCCUUCUUCUUUUAUUAUUGGUUCUUGCUCUAAAACACAGGAAAUAAUGGUCGGAUCUCAGUAUCAAGCAGAAGUUCCAAUGGGGCUCAGCAAUUAUAAUGAUGAUGAAAAAGUGUACGAGGAGGAAGAUCAGCUGCUGUGGUGUCCUGAUGUGCUGUCAGAGUGUAAAGUGAAAGACUACCUCAGAGAAGUGCUGUCACAGUCUACAGAUGACAGCACAGAGAAUUCCACAUUUGAACACAUACGAGAUAACGAACAGGCCUUGUUGGAGCUUUUGAAAUGUAAUUACGACACUUGUGAGGCACUGACGCGAUACCGCAGUAAUGUGAAGACUUCGAAAGAAGAAUCCCCACCGUGGUCGGAGGAUGAAUGUAGGAACUUUGAACAUGCGCUGCAGAUUUAUGAGAAAAACUUCCAUCUUAUUCAGAAACAUAAGGUUCAGACACGGACUGUAGCAGAAUGUGUGGCUUUUUAUUAUAUGUGGAAAAAGUCAGAACGUUUUGAUUACUUUGCUCAACAGAACCGAUUUGGCAAGAAGAAGUACAGUUGUUACCCUGGGGUGACAGACCUGAUGGACAGGCUGGUGGAUGAGGCAGAGGGUCUGGCGGUGGACAGCUCGUCAUCGGUGUGUUCAGCAGGAGAAGGGGGAAGGAUGGAGGCAUCGGCAGAGCAACAGCUCGGACUGCUCAACUCCAUCACUGCCAGUGACCUCACAGCCAUUAGUAACAGCGUAGCAACUGUGUGCAAUGGUCCAGGAGACAUAAGCUGUUUAGACUCCCCGUACUUCCCCCCUCUGGAGCGUUUACACAGAGGAGCCCUGAACCAUGAUGAUCAGCUCAGCUAUGCCACAAACAGAGACAGCGGCUGCCUCAACAUGCUGGAUUCCGGCUUCUAUCGCUCAGACCUGAGCCAGAUCAGCGUGUGCAGCACCAAAGACUGCGAACGGCCCUCUAAGAGGCUCAAGAUGGACUUUUCGGAGCCCUUCAUUAACGACGUGUCUGUUACUAACCUGGGUGUGGAUUUCGAAGGCAGACGCACACAUCGCAUUACAGGGGCCACAAUGGCGGUGUCAGUCACAGACUUCAGCAGCAUAGGGAGCGGUGAAGCCAAUGGUUUUCUCGGCUCUCAUUCACGACACCACCAACACACUGCACUUCAGUCCGACUGACUCCCUUCUGCCAUCCAGACACACAUUCAUCCGCUCAC